UUCCAGUCCAAGGGAACAAACAUCGCAAAAUGGGAAAGGAAUUUUAUUUGUUCAUAUUUGGGAUAGCUGUGUGCAAAUGUGAAGAUCUUUUCGAUCGAAUCGGAGACGGUCAUUACUUUAUAGGCAACGAGAAGACAGCGGGGCACUACUUUGAUUGGUUCGUCGCCCGGCGCGAUUGCUGGGACAGAAUCUCAACACUUUUAUCCGUGGAGAAUGCGGAGGAGCUUGGGAACCUACAGCAGUAUAUCUUAUCUCGUGGGUUUCCCGACGGAAGCACUUUCGCCACAUCGGGCAGCAGCUUCAAAGGCAAGACACACUAUUCCUGGGAGGCGGUGGACGAGCCAUUGACCUUCGCCCACUGGCUGCCCGGCUCUGAGGCCGAGAUCGACGGAACCGGAACCGGAACCGGAACCUUUCUCAGCCUGCAACUGGCCAACUCCUCGCUGUACAUGCGACCCUCCUACGGCCAAGACGACUACUACAUCUGCGAGUACAAGUUCUCCCUUCGGCAACUCGCGCUCUCCCUGGAAACGCAAGCCUGGAGUUGUUUAUUCGUCCUGGGGGUUUUACUGUGGCUUUGUUACUUUGCAUGUCUUCUCAGAUGGAAAGCGAAAAAAGAGACAAUCCAACAUUCAGAGGACAAGAUGAAUCUUAUAGCAUAACAUUUAAAAAAAGUGGUUAAAAUGGAGUUCUUAUAUUCGCAUCUUAUGUUCAUAGAAAUGUAAACUAAUUUGUAAAUUUAUUAAACCUUACCAUUCCUUUUUAAACCAAAAAAUUGGAUAAAUAAGAAUUCAAAAAAUGGACGGCAAAGUAUGAUAAACAAUUUUUUUUUGUAUUUUGCAAACAAAAAAUAAAAGUUUGUUUUUAAUUAUUAUAAUAGAAUUACAAAAUGUUAACUUGUAUAUAAUAAUAAUUUCUGAUAGCUAUAAUCACAUGUAUAGUGCAAAGUCCUUAGAGGACUCUAUCAAACUUUUUAAUAAUGGAAUAUUACAUAUAUUUGUAUGUACACUUUAUGAAAAGCCAAACAAGCAUUAAAUGCUGGGCAUACUUAUUUUACAUAUUUCAUUAUACUUGCUUAUAAUAAAGAUAUAACUCAAUGUCAAUAGAACAUAUUCUUAACGAAGGCACUGAAUUUAAUAACAACCGAACCCACAUUCCAAAUAUAACUCUUACUCCACUACUUUCUAAUCCUACGACCACCAACUUUCUUUAACUGCUCAACUUCCUUAAAAUAUAAAAAUUAUCAAACCCCUUAUAAUUAAACUAUCUUAAUUUAAUUUUUAAGACAACUGAAGUGUGCUUUCUCAAUUAAGAAGCGAGUAUCAAGUGAACAAAUUAUUCCCUUAGCAAUUAAGAAAUUAAAAUCAAACUGUAACUUAAAGCCCGCCUAAAGCCUCAGUAGCUAUGGCUUUGGUUUUUAGCUUUAACAAGCAGUAUGUAAAUAAAUAAAUAAAGAUAUAA